GGCGCCGCGAGCCCGUCGGCAAACAUGGCGUCUCCCAGGGGCGGCGGCUGGACGGGCCCGGCGCAGCGCCCGCGGCGGCAACAGCAGCGCCCGCCGCCCCCGCCGCCGCCCUCCGGGGUCGUGGCCCCCGCCGCCCCCGCCGCCAGUGCCGAGGGAGCGGAGGCCGGGGCCGAGGCGGAGUCCCGGGCCGAGGGCCUGUACGUGGCGGUGGAGCGCUGCCCCCUCUGCAACACCACGCGGCGCCGCCUCACCUGCGCCAAGUGCGUCCGCGGGGGGGACUUCGUCUUCUUCGACGGCCGGGACUCGGAGCGGUUUUCUGAAAAGAAGGAGAGAUUGAAGCACCUUAGAAACAAGCAGCACGAAUUCCAGUCCCAGUUGUUAAAAGCUAUGGAGGGGAAAUGGAUAACUGACCAGCUGAGGUGGAAAAUAAUGUCCUGCAAAAUGAGGGUUGAGCAGCUGAAGCAAACGAUCUGCAAGGAAAACGAAGAAAUGGCACGAAACUCCGAGUGGCUUCUCCGAAUUAAGGACGAGAACCAGAAGCUGUACCGCAGGGCCCAGCGGCAUCAGGAGAAGAAGGAGAAGAUCCAGAGGCACAACCGCAAGCUGGGAGAGCUGGUGGAGAAAAGGAACUACGACCUGAGGAGCCAGCACGAGCACCUUGCAGGCCUCCGGCGCUCGCAUGUCCUGGAACUCACCUCCGUCAUCUUCCCUAUCGAGGAGGUGAAGAUUGGCAUGAGGGACCCCGCAGACAUGUCGUCCGAGAGCGACAACGCCAUGACUUCUAGCACUGUGAGCAAGCUUGCGGAAGCCAGGAGGACCACCUACCUGUCCGGGCGAUGGGUGUGUGACGACCAUAACGGAGACACCAGCAUAGGCAUCGCGGGGCCUUGGAUCACCCUUCCCAACAACGGAGAUUAUUCUGCUUACUACAACUGGGUGGAAGAGAAGAAAACCACUCAAGGGCCAGACAUGGAACAUAACAACCCUGCUUACACCAUCAGUGCUGCCCUGUGCUAUACAACUCAGCUUGUCAACAUUUUGUCGCAUAUACUUGACGUUAACCUUCCCAAGAAGCUGUACAACAGUGAGUUCUGCGGGGAAAACCUCAGCAGGAGGAAGUUCACGUGGGCAGUGAAAAAGCUGAACGCCAAUAUCCUUUACCUUUGCUUUUCUCAGCACGUAAACUUAGACCUCCUGCAUCCUCUGCAUACACUCAGGAACCUGAUGUACCUGGUCAGCCCCGAGACAGAACAUUUGGGAAGGUCUGGGCCGUUCGAGAUCAGCGCCGACCUGGAGGACUCGAUGGAGUUCGUGGACCCCAGUGGCGCCGGCGAAACGGACGAGAGCGGCGACGAACGUGUCAGCGACGAAGAGACGGACCUGGGGACGGACUGGGAGAACCUGCCCAGCCCCCGGUUCUGCGACAUCCCCUCGCAGACGGUGGAGAUGCUUCAGAGCCAGAGCACGCUGGCCUCGCGAGAGCCCAUCGCCAGCAGCAGCGCAGGGGGCAUGAUCUCCUCGGCCGCGGCCUCCGUUACCUCCUGGUUCAAAGCGUACACUGGACAUCGCUAGGGUGACACUCGGACCUCUGUGGGGCGGGGGGGAAUUCCUGUCCCACAUCCCGCCCACCAUCACUGUAGUAAACCUUCCCAAUUCUGCUAAGUAGUGCCUGGAACAUCAAGGGUCAGACAUCUGAUUGCGUAACACGCACUCCCCUCUGGAAGAUGCUUUCAAUUUGCCCAAGCUUGACUGCGCAGCAGUCACCUUGCAUCUCGUUUUCUCUCGACACACAUUUUGGAGACCUGAAAAUGGAACUCUGUGCCUCUUCCGAGUCCCACGUGUUCUGCUGAGGGUGAAAGGAGGAGGAUCCUGUCUGUUAACUUCAGUUUCUUUUUUAGUUUAGUCCCUUAAACAAAAAAACAAAAACAAGGAAAUAGAUCUGGGGUUAUGUGGCCUGGCAAAUCAUCUUGAAGCAUGAAGACUGAAAGAGAAAACUAUCGU